ACAAGCCCUCUCAUUGGAACUCGUAAAAAACACAAUAUUGAUAAAAAUAUAUAUCUUCACGGAUUCAUAUAAUACUCCUGCUUUCCUACAAAAUCUUUGGACCUUUUUCUUUAGAGAGAGAGAGAGAGAGAUUCCCUGGAGUAAGAAGUAAACAAAGUGACAUAUUAUACUAAUUCAUAUAUGGACCCCAAUGCCUUCAAGCAUUUAUCCAUCACGGGGGAGCAUUACAAUGGCCUCUGCAAGGCACUCUGUUUUCCCCUGUUUCGCGGCCCUCUGCACAAUCCUCCUCUGUUUGAGGCCCGUUGUUGGUCAAGCUGAGCCCGUUUUCGCCUGCGAUGUGGAGAGAAAUCCCGCGCUGAAGAACCUGAGCUUCUGCGACUCGUCAUUGGACGUGCAAGCCCGGGUUAGCGACCUCGUGAGCAGGCUUACGCUGCAGGAGAAAAUCGGGUGGCUGGUGAAUGGUGCCAAGGGAGUUAGCCGGCUCGGGAUACCCAACUACGAGUGGUGGUCGGAGGCGUUGCACGGCGUCUCCAAUGUCGGGCCGGGCUCCAAGUUCACCAGCCUCGUCCCAGGCGCCACUAGCUUCCCUCAGGUCAUCCUCACCGCCGCCACAUUCAAUGAAGCUCUGUUUGAGACCAUUGGGAAGGUGGUGUCGACGGAAGCAAGAGCAAUGUACAAUGUGGGGCUAGCCGGGCUGACGUUCUGGUCGCCUAACGUGAACAUCUUCCGCGACCCCAGAUGGGGUCGCGGGCAGGAAACUCCGGGGGAAGACCCCGUCCUCACCAGCAAAUACGGGGCUGCCUAUGUGAGAGGCCUGCAGCAGAGCGAUGAUGCCGAUAAGGACAAGCUCAAGGUUGCUGCUUGCUGCAAGCAUUACACGGCUUAUGAUGUUGAUAAUUGGAAAGGGAUACAGAGAUACAGUUUCAACGCUCUGGUGACGCAGCAGGAUAUGGAUGACACGUUCCAGCCGCCGUUCAAGAGCUGUGUUAUCGACGGGAACGUGGCGAGCGUGAUGUGCUCUUACAAUCAAGUCAAUGGCAAACCCACUUGCGGAGACCCUGACCUCUUGGCUGGUGUGAUUCGAGGCCAGUGGAAGUUGAAUGGCUACAUCGUUUCAGAUUGUGAUUCGCUAAACGAGAUGUUCUACACGCAAAAAUACACUAAAACGCCCGAAGAAACGGCUGCCUUGGCUGUGAAUUCAGGGUUGGAUCUCAACUGUGGUACUUUCCUUAGCAGCAACGCUCAAAAGGCAGUGGACACCGGCCUUCUCAACGAGACAACAAUCGACAAGGCCGUCUCAAACAAUUUCGCAACCAUGAUGAGGUUGGGAUUCUUCGAUGGUAACCCCAGCAACCAACUCUACGGCAAGCUCGGGCCUAAAGAUGUGUGCACUUCGGAAAACCAGAAUCUUGCUCGUGAGGUCGCGCGAGAAGGCAUCGUGCUGCUCAAGAACUCCGCAGGCUCGUUGCCUCUAUCCUCUGCAUCCAUCAAGUCGUUGGCAGUUAUUGGCCCAAAUGCUAACGCCACACACACCAUGUUAGGCAACUAUGAAGGCAUUCCGUGCAAAUAUACGACCCCAUUGCUGGGACUGACAGCCUCCGUAGCUACAGUGUAUCAGCCCGGCUGUGCUGACACGUCGUGCGCUAGCGCCCAAGUGGACGCCGCCAAGACAGCGGCCGCAGCCGCUGAUGCUGUGGUGCUUGUGAUGGGGUCGGAUCAGUCAAUCGAGAGGGAGAGCCUCGACAGAUUGAACAUCACUCUCCCCGGACAGCAGCAGCUCUUGGUAUCCGAGGUUGCGAGUGUUUCAAAGGGGCCUGUGAUCCUUGUCAUAAUGUCGGGUGGAGGGAUGGAUGUGCAGUUUGCCAAAGACGACCCCAAGAUCACCAGUAUCCUCUGGGUCGGCUUCCCCGGGGAGGCCGGCGGGGCUGCCAUCGCCGAUGUCAUAUUCGGCGCCUACAACCCCAGUGGGAGACUACCUAUGACAUGGUAUCCGGAAUCGUAUGCCGACACGGUUGAUAUGACGGAUAUGCACAUGAGGCCCAAUCCAGACACGGGUUACCCUGGCCGGACUUACCGGUUUUACAAGGGUCCGACGGUUUUUUCAUUCGGAGAUGGGCUGAGUUACACCGCCUUCAAGCAUGAGUUAGUUGCGGCGCCUAAGCUCGUGUCUGUGGCUCUAGAGGAAGGGCAUGCUUGUCGAUCAUCGGAGUGCAAGUCCAUCGAUGCUGUGGAGGAUAGCUGCAAGAAUUUGGGACUGAAUAUUCAUCUGAGAGUGAAGAAUGAAGGGGAGAUGAGAGGGAGUCACACGGUUUUCUUGUUUUCUAGCCCUCCGCAGCUGCACAAUGCGCCGCAGAAACAACUGUUGGGAUUUCAGAAGCUGCAUCUGGAGGCAGGGGGAGAAGGGCUAGCUCGAUUCGACAUCGAUGUUUGUAAGCAUUUGAGCGUUGUGGAUGAGAAUGGGAAGAGGAAGGUUGGGUUGGGAGAUCAUCUUCUUCAUGUGGGGAGCUUGAAGCAUUCGUUGACUAUCAGGAUUUGAAGGAAUUCUUAUUGGGGUAUAUUUCCUUUCCUUUUUUUCUCUUUUUUUUUUUUUUUGGCAAAAAGAAGAAAGAAUGUUAGUUUUCUGUGUUGUAAUCUAUCUUUUCUGAAAGUGGAAAAGAAAGAAAUUGGAAGGGGGGAAUGGCAAGAGAGGAAGAAAUAAGUUAAGAUCACAGUUGUAACAAGUUUCUUCUUUGCUUUGAUUCUUUCAAUGGAAAUGUCAUUUAUUA